AUGAAUCUGGAAGCAUCCCUGACAGCAUCCGAUCCUGAUCCAGCGUCAGCAGCAGGGGAAUGGCUCAUCAGCCUGUGCUCCAAGGUUAGGAGCCAUUACAAUCAAACGUUGCAGCUGGCAGCGCUGGAGAAAGAAAAGUUCGACGACGUUUUUGAGCUCUACCAUUCAGACCCGGCAUUCAAUAGAUGCCACGUCCAGACAUUGCGUGUGAGCCUUAGUGGGCCGUACUACUCCGACUACAAGCUCGCCCGCAAGCUUCUGGACAAGGACCUCACCGGUCGGCUGCUGGCCAAUGAGAACAACAUAUUGCAAAAAGCCAUUCGAUCCGCCAAAGUGUCUUCGGAUCAGCUGGGCCGUCCCCGAACGGAGUCUUGCCCGGAGCUUUUUCCCAUUGUCGAGCUUCUCGUGGCUCAUGGCGUGUCGGCAGACUGUGUAAACGCUGACGGGGCCUCGGCUCUGUCGUGCGCCUGUGUCUUGGGCUGCAUGAGUCUUUUUCGCUAUUUCGUCGACUUGGGCGCGGAUUUGACCACUGAAUACCCAAGAGCACGCCACGGAAAUGAGGUAGACAAUGGAACCAGGAUAAACCUCCUCCAGGUCACUCUCCACGUAUUUGUAUCCCCCCAGAACAUUGUUGAUAACACCUGGGAUAGCGGGCCUCCUGGUAUCAGCUACGAGAUCUGGGGAGAUUUUGACGCCGAUCAAACAUGGGGCGUUAUCGGCAGCGUCGAGAUGGGACAAUUGCUGCGCUUGCAUAACGUCACCCUGGACUCGGUUGAAGUUCAAAAAUUGGCAGUAUACUUGGGGAACCUGGGCGUGCUGCGCUGGUGUGUCAACGAAUAUGGCCCACGGCUCCCGUCUGAUCCCAGGGCCUGGGGCCAUGUUGCAGAGAGGUCGUUAUCACAUCUUGCCAUUGCCAAAUACCUCGUUUCGGAGUAUCCAGGACUGAAAAUCGACAGGACAUUCAUUACAGGCGGCCCAUGGUCGAAAAAGAGCGAUCCGGAUUUAAUCGAAUCUAACUGGCUGCCUUUGGCAAUAUUCCGUAGUCGUCUAGAUUUCAUUCUUCUGUUCUUGGACGCUGGUACUGAUCCGACAUGCCCAGGCCUCCAGGAGGACGCAAUAACGGCAUUGCGGAGAGACUGGACCGGGCGGUCUACAAGACACGAUGAAAUCGAGAAGCGGCUUCAAAUAAUAAAAUUGGUAGAAGGCAGAAUUUCCGGGGGUGAUUCUUGGGCUCCGCCCACCUUGGCCCAGCUCAAACAGUGCACGGCAAGAGCAGAGGCCAAGCAAAAGUUGGCAUGGGACCAGCGUAUCACACGCCUGAUUGAUCCCAGCUACCCUUAUAUCCCUUUGACCGGCAAGAGUAGCUUUCGUUUACUCGACAUACUACCGUCCAGUGACCCCAUGGCACCUGUUGCGUGCCGUUUGAGACACAGCGAUAUCAUCUUCCAGCCAGAUUAUGAAGCACUUUCGUACGUCUGGGGAGCCGAACCUCCCGCGCAAUCCAUCACCAUCGACGGACAUGAGGUUCCGAUCAGGGCCAACUUAGUAUCGGCACUACUCCGUCUUCGCGUCGCCGAUAAAAUCCGCACAUUGUGGAUCGACGUGCUUUGCAUUGACCAAUGUACGUUUUGUGAGCGAAACCAGCAAUUCUCCAUCAUGGGCGACAUCUUCAAAUGCGCUCGCCAGAUUAUUGUCUGGCUCGGAGAGGAGACUACAGAUUCUCGUCUUGCUUUCUCGUGGAUCCGAGAAAUUGAGCACGACCAAACAGCACCUUUUGCCCCCGGUCUUGGUGCAAACAAGAAGCCCCCAACAUACGCCCAAAAGAGCGCAUUAAGGGCACUUCUGAAGCUACCUUGGUUCUUUCGCAUCUGGGUCAUACAGGAGAUUGGACUCAGCCGGGCCGCCAUCGUCAUGUGUGGUGGUGAUUCGGCCAAAUGGACCAGUCUACUGGCUGCGACCGACAGACAUGUCCAGGAGCACCACCCUUUUGUCGGCUUCGACUCUCACGUACACGUGGCUCAGUUCGACAAAAUAAGGAGAGGCUAUCCCAAACUUAACACUUUGAACCUUCUUCAGUUCAGCUCUCGAUGUCAAAUGAGCGAGGUCAAGGACAGGAUUUAUGGCCUUCUCGGUCUGUUCGAGCCCGGCUUCAUCCCGGUAGACUACAGCCUGCCCCUCGAGCGUAUAUUUAUUCAGUUCACUGGGGCGGCUAUCCGCAGUGACGACAGCCUUGAUAUUCUCAAGAUUGUCAACAACAGUUCCCGACAAUGCCAAAGUGGUCUCCCAUCCUGGGUCCCCAACUACACCAGCCCUAGAACUAUCGGAGUCCUCCCUGGUACUAUGUGGUUGCAUCCGGAAUUUGCCUUCAUGCGCGGAACAUACCGCUCUUAUACCCUCCGCACAGCAGACGGGGCGGAAUCGACAGUUGUUCUCGAGGAUUUUCCCACUCGAACGCUACCAGGUUUAGAGUUCCGCGACAGCCGUACCGUCCUUGUACCAAGGGGCAAGCUGAUUGACACAACAGGCACGGUCGGCCCGCCGCUUCCAAACGAGCCGAACUUUAUGCCCGGGGCCGCGGGGUUUGCCGACGUCUUGAAGACAUGGGAGUCGCUGGCCGUCACGGUGAAGGACGGGUUCAGCGGGCGGGUCGCCGGCAUGUGGGAGCAAAAACGAGCUGGACAGACGAAAUUCCCAACAGCUGCGACGGCCGUGUACGCGUACACCCUCGCUGCAAUCACCGGCUGGACCCUCCACAGUAUCCCCGUAGGAUUUGCGCAGUGGUACCGCCACUGCGGGCAGGGCGUGCUCGAGUCCUUGGAUCCGUCUGGCUUCCUGCACAAAGUCGAGUUUUAUCUCUGGUGGCGCGGGCUCGGCCGCGAAGACUAUGAUGAUGACAGCCGCGGCACCGGCGACGGUGGCGUGGGAAACAGCGGCUUGCCAUCUGGUGAUGAGGAGGUCGAUCGAGAGGGCAAAGUCGAUGAGGAUAUCGACUUUCAUCUGGAACGGUACGCCGAUCCAUUCGAGCGAGCCUGUUAUGGUCGGUGCUUUUUCACCACCGAGGGCGGCACCAUGGGACUUGGAGUUCCGGGCGCACAAACCGGCGACCGAAUCGCCUUCAUCCCUGGUGGAGAUUGGCCUCUCUUGUUGCGGCCUUGUGGCGGUGAUGAUGGGGAUGCGGCGGAGUGGACUCUUGUAGGGGAUUGCUAUCUGUACGGACUGGAUCCAUUUGGAUUGUUUGAAGACGUUGAACAUAUAGUGGAGGAGUUUUUAAUUCGAUAA